AUGAGUACAGCCGUGGCCCCCGCAUCCGCGUCGCCCCUUUCUGGGGGAGCUGCGGGAAGGCUGAUGCGGGAAUACCGAGCAAUACAGCGUGACCAGAUCCCCUUUAUUCUUGUCAAACCCGACGAGAAUGACAUCCUCACGUGGCACUAUGUCCUUCACGAUCUGCCAGAGGACACGCCAUACCGAGGUGGACUCUACCAUGGGAAGCUGGUCUUUCCUUCAUCCUACCCCUACGCACCACCAGCGAUCUACAUGAUGACGCCGAACGGGCGCUUCGUGCCAAAUCGGCGACUUUGUCUUUCCAUUAGCGACUUCCAUCCCGAGUCCUGGAAUCCCGCGUGGCGCGUGGAAACAAUUUUGACCGGCCUCUUGAGCUUCAUGCUAGACUCUGAGGAGCCGGUCGCGUAUGGGACGAUGGGAUGUUUACCUAGUGAGCGACGCCGGUUGGCGCUCUCUUCGUUCGCAGCGAACAAACGCAAUCCAGCGUUUCUCCGUCUCUUCCCGGAGCUCCUCGCGGACCGCAACUUCGACCCCGCGUUAGGCUAUUCGCUUCACGGGCACGCAAACACCGAUGACACCGAUAAAGCUGGUUCCCCAUUCGGAAGCGCGUCCGUGACUUCAUCGCCUUCCACUUCCUUUGCUUCUCCUUCUUCCGUACACAUUUCCCAUGCCGCGAUUCCGUCUUCCGCUCCCCCGCGCGCAUCUCUUCCUUCUCCAUCUUCAGCGGAGUCACUCCUUGCCCCGCCGUCUCCGCACCCUCCUUUGCCGUCUCGUCCCUUGUUGGCUCUGCCUUCUUCGUCGCCGUCGUCCUACUUCGCUCCGCCGUCAGGGUCUCCCGCGUCGGAUGUCUCCACGUCCCCUACCUGUCUGAGCUCGCCGGAUGCGGGCGCGGAGACACCCGCGGGCGGUGGCGGAGGGCCCCUUGCCACGCCGGGCUCUAGGCUCCCCUUAGCGGUCGGGAGCGACUGCAUAAGCACCUCCGUUUCCGCUACAGGAUUCGACUCCAAGCAUAUGCCGCCGGUCCUCGGUGGCGUUCGCCUAGAGACGUGCCGCCGCAGCGAGACGGAGCGCCUUGCUUCGCCCCGCCGAGGCGUCGAAGGCGAAGAUGCCUGUCGAGAAGUCACAGGAAGCGCUGAACUCGCGGAGGACUUGCACGGCCAAGGGCAGCCCUGGCAAGUCAGGAAACAGAAGAACUCGCUGUCUCCGUGUCGGCGCCCGCGCGAUGAAUUCAGUAUCCCCUUGCCUACUAGCCGGCACUGGCCGUGUGGAAAUCUCGCCGAAGACUGCGGUUUUGCUCCUUCGCCAUCCAAGCGAAGGUUGCAGCUCUCGGCGCUGUUGUGUGGGCGGCGCCCGGAAGGCAGGCGAGCGCCCUGGGAGUCAGCGGGCGCUGCAGGAGGUCGGGCGCCGCCGCGAGGGGGCGGGUCAGGUACGGACCUCCCCCACACAAGUCUCAGCUCUUCGGAUUUUCUCUCGUCGCUCGGUGGCACAGUGGGCGCCGAUAUCGGUGCAGGAUGUUACCGCUGCACUCAACCUCGCGAGGCUUUUUCGCAAGCGAAGCCACCCGCGGGUGCGACGCCGGCACGUGCGGCCGUCCCAGGGGGCGAGUGGCCGCCUGCUGCUGGAGUCUCUAGACGUGAAGUAUCGUCGAACUUGAUCGACGACAGGGGUGUCUGGAGCGGUCGCGCCCACGAGUCAGGAUUCCUGGAGGCUCUCGCACGCGCACCGUUUGCACAAACCUCGAGAGACGCAUGCUCUUCCAGCCGAAGUGGAGUGGGCUCUGGGGGCGGCGGCAAGGCGGGAGCCGCGCGGUCGCUAUUCGCUUUGGGUGCAGACCCGCGGCUUCCGAGCCAAAGACUUGCCUGCGCGAGCCAAGGUGAGUUUCGCAGAUACCCGCGUGACACGGACUUCGCAGCGAGCGGCGCGGAGGCGGGUGAAUCGCGCGGCUCUGUGGCGGCAUGGCCACUCGGAAAUCAGACUGGAGUUAUCACGGCAGGCGGCGUUUCGGCGCCUGCCUUGCGAGGCGAUGCUCGCUUGGUGAACUCUAUGAUAGGAGACGCGCGCCUCGCGUGUAUAAGCGCGGAAUGCCUCGCGACCCAUGCGCAACGACGCGAGGGGCGCCCGGGCGCGGAGGAUACGGUUCAGAACAGGUUGUUUCCGCGUACGCAUUCACAGACGGGAAACGGUUAUGUUUCGAGAAGUGACAGCCAACUGGCGCGAGGACCUAUCAUCCCUCCCCCGUCUUCGAAUACGCAGCCUUCCGCGCUUUCUUCACGCGUGGCGGCUGUCCACCCUUCAGUGCCUGCAUUUCCUCAGUCGGCAGUUCAAUUAUUGUCGUCUGUGGCGGUUUCGUCUGCGGGUGGGGCUUUGCCUUCUUCGGUCUCUGUGUACCCUCGUGCGCCAGUUGAUGCCACUUCGUCUCCCGAUCCUGUCCGUUUUUUUUCGAAUUUUCUAUCUGGCUCAUCGUUCGCUUUUCUCUGCGGGGACGGACGCCCUUCUGGGAAGCCAGAGGGUGGUGAAGACGUGUGCGUCGCCAGCGCCAAUGCCACGCAGGAAUCAGCAUUCGAGAUAGGCGGGACGGUGGAGCCGCGAUGCAGCGGUUCCGGGGGGGAUUCGGCGAUGAGCCGUCAGCGCCUUUGGGUUGAUCCUGAGGAGGCAAUGCGGCCCUCGUCGCCGUGCGAGGCCGGCGCAAACGUUGACGACGACGUGGUGAUUCUUGGGACGACCCCACGACGCGGAGGACUUCCGACACGGUCGGUAGAAGAAGGCUCUUUCGAGGGACGGAGCCUGCGCGACAUUCUCGCAGCCCCGGGCGCGUCUCAGGUCAUUCGUCCAGCGACUGAGAACGUGGGCGUUUCCUCUCUCUCGUCUUCGUACCACGGAAGCUACCCUGUUCCUCCGCAUCCGGAAGUCGCAGCAGGGAGCGGCUUGCCAUCGUGUGAAGCUCCGGCGUCUGCGAGCACCUCGCUGACAGCUGCCUCGGUCUCUGCGUCGCUUGCCGCCGAUUCAGCUUCCGCUCCAUCUGCCUUCUUCUCUGCUGGCUCUUGGUCGCACGGAGCGCCUUCAGUGUCUCUCGCAGCUUCGUCGUGCUGCUCGCCCUUCUCCCUGAGUCGCGCCUCCCUUUUUCUGGCUUCGUCAGCCGCUCAUGGCUGCCCCAACGCCUCCGCGGAACGCGACGUGUCCGCGGGCGACGCGUCUGAGCGCCUCGCGGUCCUGAGUCUCCUGCGCAGCUUCCACGUGACUCAGGCUGCUGCCUGGAGAAGCGCGUGCCUCAGCGGCCUGCUGGACUCCGCCGCGCUCAGCGCAGCCACUAUUCGUAUCCGCCACAGCGCGGCGCUCCCUUGCGACGGCAGCGGUGGCGACGGCGAUCCGCAUCCAGUCCCCCAAGACGGCGACGAAGACGAAGAAGAGAAGCGAGCUGCGGGUGAAGGCGACGGAGACAGCGGUGAACAACACGAAGAAGACGAACAAGGCGAACAAGAUGACGAAGGCGGGGAAGACAGUGAGGGGUGUCAGGGAGGCAAUCAGGGCGAGAGCGAUCGCGUUGCACUGGGCGAGCGAGUAGAAGUUUGCCUAUCGAGAGGCUCAAAGCGAUCUGCCGCCGGGGCAGACGAUGUUCGAACCGAGCCUUCUAUCGGCACGAAGCGUCCGCGAGUCGCUCCCGUGUCCGUGCCGCCGCGACAGCCGCCCGGCGCGGAGGCUGCGUCACACAGCGAUAGACAAGACGGAGAGAGAGAUUGUGAUUAG